AGCAGCAGCAGCAGCAGCAUACUGCCAAAGCCCAACUUUACACCAUGGUUGUCCCAGGGUCAGAAAAACCCUCGAGCAUCUCUGACCAAGGACGCCCCAACCAACUGCACAAAUCAAAUCCAUCCUCAUCCCAACACUCUGAAAGUCGACAAAGUAUCAGCUAUAAUGAGGAUAUUUCACCACUCCACACCAGCCUCCAAUCCAAGCCACAGGAGUUAACCGAGAGAGAUUAUCUCCUUCCUGAUAAACUCUAUGGCCAGUCAAGAGUUAGUGAACAUAUCACUGCAAAUGAUGCAGGUGGAUGUGCACGUAGAGAGUCAGUCUGUUCUAUGGUGAUGCAGAUUCUGGUGCCAUUUCUACUGGCUGGGCUUGGUACAGUCUGUGCUGGGAUGCUGCUGGAUGUGAUUAAGAACUGGGAUGUGUUCGAGGAAACCACAGAGCUUCUCAUCCUGGUCCCUGCACUACUAGGCAUGAAGGGGAACCUGGAAAUGACUCUAGCCUCUAGACUCUCCACUGCUGUGAAUGCAGGGAAAAUGGGAUCUGCCAGGGAAAAGUGGAUGUUGAUUGUUGGAAACCUGGCACUCAAGCAGCUGCAAGCCACAGUACUAGGAUUCUUAGCCUCCAUCAUGGCAGUUGUCUUGGGCUGGAUGGCAGAGGGAAAGAUUGCCUUUAACCAUGUUGUGCUUUUGUGUUCCACAAGUGUUUCUACUGCAUUUGUGGCUUCAUUGCUUCAAGGUAUCAUCUUGGUGGCACUGAUCAUAGGCUCCAAGCGAAUGGGAAUCAACCCUGACAAUGUUGCGACACCCAUCGCUGCCAGCUUUGGGGAUCUCAUCACUCUUUCCCUGCUGGCCUGCUGCAGUCAGUGGUUCUACUCUUUCUCAGACCUGUAUCCAUAUGUACUAUAUCUGGUGGAUCUGUUAUUCUUGUGCAUGAUCCCUCUCUGGAUUGUCAUCUCCUCCAAACACCCAGCCAGUCACAUCCUGCUCCGCACAGGUUGGGAACCAAUCGUCACAGCAAUGGCCAUCAGCAGUAUUGGAGGACUAAUUCUGGAGUUGUCUGAGUCAGAUCCAAACCUGUCGGGAAUCAUAGCGUAUGCUCCAGUCAUAAAUGGAAUUGGAGGAAACCUUGUGUCCAUUCAGGCAAGUCGUUUGUCCACAAAUCUGCAUUUGAAUUUCUCACCAGGAGUAGUUCCAGAGGAGCGCAGGGGCUGCUACAACCCUUGUCGCACUUUUUUUGGUACAGGUGCAAACCAUCGUUCGGCCCAGACUCUGCUUCUUUUAGUCAUCCCAGGGCAGUUCAUCUUCUUAUAUGCCAUCUACCUGAUGAAAGGUGGCCAAACAUUGCCCAGCCCUCUCUUAACUGUCACCUUCUUGUCCGCCUCCUUUAUUCAGGUCUGUGUUCUAUUGUGUAUAGCUGACUGUUUGGUCCACUGUCUAUGGCUGAGGCGUAAGGAUCCUGAUAGUUACUCAAUACCUUACCUCACAGCCCUUGGAGAUCUUCUAGGGACUGCUCUCCUCGCUCUUGGCUUUCUCUUGCUGUGGUGUGUUGGGGACUCAGGCAGUGUAUAGGCAUAAAUGAACACAUUCAGGAAAGUCAUAAGCUAAAUACAUGGAAUACUUUAAGAAGUUCACUUUCAGAGACAGCCUGUCCAAAUAUGCAAUUAUGUGUGCACAGAGCAUACAUGACACACACACACACACACACACACACUAUGUGAUUUUUUUGUUGUUGCAAUAAAAUACUUAAUUUUUUCGUCAUUUUGUCCACCAUUUGCUCGGUUUUGCACACAUUUAAGAGGAGAUGAUUCUCUUAGGUUUAACAAAUACACAAUCUCCAUCUAGCAGUAUUUAUAUCAAAUAUAACACACUGUCAGGUUUUCGGGAUAAACCGGAUGCAAAUACAGGUAAACAACACAAAGGUUUUAAUAAAUAAAUAGGCACAAAUUAAACAUGAGUUCUGCCUGAAAGCAGGAUGUUACCAGGUCUUAUAGUAGAGUGCACAGGAAACAGAUGUUCAGCCUCCGCUUACGCUCCUUUGCUCAUGCCCUUUGCAUAUGCGCCAUAGGUGUGAGUUUGUUGCGAGUUUGUUUGGGUUUCUGAAGAAGCAAUCAUGAAUUGUUUAAGCUGUGUCACUGACAUAAUGUUGUAAGUGUGUGUUAAUGCUUUUCCCAUCACAGACGGAAUUCCCAUCGAGUUCUUCAACAGUGGAUGGCUCUGUAAUAAAUACAAUGAUUGAAUGAGCUUUUUCUCUUUUCUAUCACAAGAUUUUUUUUCAAAUUAUUGAAUCAUACAAUUCAUAUGGAAGAAAGGAAUACUAUUUAACAUAAACAACAAGAUGAAACAAAACAGGCUUGCAUUACAU